AUGAAUUUUAUGAAAGAGACUUUAGAACUACUUGGAUAUGAAAACAUUAAGUGCUCUAUUCCAAAUACUUUACUUGAUAAUUUCACUGCUUUUUUUACUGCUUAAUAACAAAAUCCUUUAACAAAUGAAUCUCCUUAAAGUAAUUAUUUCAAUACAACUGACCUUAGAUUUUGAGAAUGGUUUAAUAUUUAUGUCAACUAUAAGUUAAAGUAACACACCCUAGAUAUCAGCCUAAUAAUUAAGGUCUGUAUAAUCUAAAGGUUCCAAAGGAAAGAUCAGAACUUUUUUUCCUUCAAGUAAUUAUCAUCUAAAAUUUAAAUAGAAUGGCCUGUUCACAAAGCUAACAUGAGUCCAUUUUCUUUUUCUAAAUAUUCUCACUUUCAAUCUUUGACAAGCAGAUAUUGGUAUUAUUUGGACAAUAGUAAUACUGUUUAAGGUAAGGUCUAGCCUUAUCUAAAUAUUAUAGGUCCAUUUUCUUGUAUUGAAAUGGAUAACUGGUAUCGAAAAAAUCUCCUCAAUCAUGAUCUGUUGAUUAGCUACAAAUCUCAUGAUCUAACUUCGUUUGUGAAAAUCCAAGACAUUUUAAAAGAUUCUGAAAAUACUAAAUGCGAUAAAAUUCUACGUCAACUUUAUAAAAGGGCAUAUAGUACUAAAAGAAUAAGUUAAUAUCUUAUUUAAUUUUAGAAGAUUAAAAUUAUAGCAAUUCACCAAUAAGCAAGGCAUCAACUGAAAUAUCUAUUAGCAACAACAACAGCUGCUAAAAAUCUAGAUAACCCAUUUGGGGAGUUGAUAACGAUUAUUUUUUAGGUUUUUGA